AUGGCUCGAUCUCGAGUUUCGUCGCCCAUUUCCCUCGUCUCCGAGGUCUUUGACCAGCCAAAGUCGCCUGCGACCCGACCAUGCGACUCCGACUCGGACCUAAGCGACCUUGGGGACGGCGACGAAUUCGCCUAUGAGUACGAAGGCGAGCCACCACACUGCAUCAUUCGCAUCCUCCCGACAAAGGACCAGUGGGCCGACUUCCCCGCCAUCCUUGCCUUUGCUCGUCGCAUAGGCGCCGAGGCAGAUGGCUGCUUCAAGCUCAUCUUGCCCGACGAACUCAGACACGAUGCGCCAGUCAAGCCCGCGCGCACACUGACGUCAAACGGCUACAAGGUCACCCAGAUCCGCAAGAACAGGUUCUGGCGAGUCAGCACCAUCCCCUGCGAAGGCGUCUUCAACGAAGCAGACGACGGAGAAGGCUUUACAGGGUCGACUACAGAAGCCAUGAAUAAGUUGAAGACGCUGUUCCGCAAAAGCAGCGGCCGCAAAUUCCGCAACACUCGAUACCGCCCCGACGUUCCAGCGUGGACCGCACAGCAGCGACACCUCGCAGGCGUGCCCGAGACGAGCCCUAUACACCCGCUCAAGGGCGAUCUUCUUGACCAGACUAAAGUGAUUGUACCCGGAAUUCACACGCCAUAUGUGUACGAGUCCGCAGCACACUUUGGCGCCAUGUUCCAGAUCCACGCCGAAGACUACCGCCUGCUAUCGCUGAAUCAUCUGUACAAGGGCCGCAAGAUCUGGAUCGUGACACCGUGUACGACAAUAUCUGCUGUGGAGGCGGCGCUUGGCCGCGGUGACUCGGCGUGCUCGCAGUUCAUGAGGCACCGCGCCGAGUUUAUAUUCCCGGAGAAACUGACACAGCUGGGCAUCGACCACCGUGUAGUGGACCAGCGGCCGGGUGAGACGAUGGUGAUCUUGCCGGAUGCGUACCACGAGGGCUUCAGCACGGGGUACACGCUUGCCGAGGCGAAGAACUAUGCAGAUGAUGGGUGGGACAAGGCGCUGUAUGCGCCGUGCGAGGAGGCGUGCUCGUGGGCCACGGCGAUUCCUGCGGGGCACAUGGCGUUUCUGGAGGCGGGCGAGGAGAGGAUCGAUCUGCGUGCGGCGUAUGAGUUGGAAAGGAAGGAAUAUCUGGAUGGUGAGCAGCUGAAGAGGCCUCUGGAAGGUGACGAUGACAAUGCUGAGGAACAAGGGAGCCCUGAGAAGCGGGCUAGAGUUGAGGCUGACGGUGUAGAUGUAGAAUGA